CUUCAGUAAAGUCAAACAAUAUAAAAUUCCGUUCUUUGAAUUGUAGCAACUUCUGCGGGUAUUCUUUGCACCCGCACUUGUCGGAAUUUCGAUUCAUGUUUUCUGUUGAAAAGUGCUUUCUGCGAUUGUAUGACCUGACAAACAGGUUUCCAAAAGACACUCUGCGGGAUGCGGCAUAACAGACGAAGUGAUACAAUGGAUGGACCGCAUUCAGAACUCAGCAGCUGAAGAUGAACCUCCUCCAACGCUUUUGUCGAAAAGCGCUCUUAGAAAAAGGAAGAAAGUGCCAGCUAGUCAAGGAGGGAAGAAAUACAAUGCAGAUGGAUUUGACAACUCUAACUCAACAUAUCCAUAUAAAGAGGACCCUAAGCCUCCACCACCUCCGAAUUACGAGGAGCGGGUGAAUAAGUACUCUCGAGAGGCAAAUGAAGGCCACAAAAGUAGACAUCGCCGGGCCACGAGGAGGGACGAGAAUCGGAAUACGUGUUCCCUCUACAUACAAACUGAUCCCCUCAUUUGGAGGCAUAUACGAGAAAGUUUUCCAGAGCAUGCAGACCCACGAAAAAUAACUGAAGUGAACGAGAAGACCAGAGAGGAAAUCCUAUCACUCAUUGCUCACCAUGUCACUGCCGUUAACUACAUUUAUAGGGAUACAAAGUUUGAUGGUCGAAGUGAACAUAGAAAUAUCAAAUUUGAAGUUCAGAGGAUAAAGAUUGAUGAUGACUCGUCGUGCAACUGCCACCACUCUAGAUGUCCAGAAAUGAACCAGUUUUGUCUAGAAAACAUUGAUGUUAGCAACUUUUUGAACAUCCAUUCCCUGGGUAACCAUGAAGAUUUCUGUUUGGCGUAUGUAUUUACAUACAGAGAUUUUACUGGAGGAACCUUAGGCUUAGCCUGGGUAGCCAGUGCAUCCGGAGCAUCUGGUGGUAUUUGUGAAAAAUACAAGACUUACACAGAGACCAUAGGAGGGAUGUAUCAGUCAACAAAACGAUCCCUCAAUACUGGAAUCAUCACUUUUGUCAACUACAACAGCCGAGUACCUCCUAAGGUGUCUCAACUGACUCUGGCUCAUGAAAUUGGACACAAUUUUGGAUCACCACACGACUAUCCCCCAGAAUGUAGACCUGGUGGGCCGAGCGGAAACUACAUAAUGUUUGCUUCAGCUACAAGUGGAGAUCGCCCGAAUAACAGUAAAUUUUCCAGUUGCAGUAUAGGAAAUAUAAGUAAUGUAUUAGACGCCAUAGAAGAUAAGAAGAAAAGGAAUUGUUUCUCCGCAUCUGCGGGCGCAUUCUGCGGCAACAAAAUCGUUGAAGCAGGUGAAGAAUGUGAUUGUGGAUACGACGAUAAGGAAUGCACAGAUCAAUGUUGUUACCCGAGGAUAAUCAGCAACAGAGAUAGGGAAUUGAACAAAUCUGCAGCGGGAUGUAGGAGACGUUACGGGACCGAAUGCAGCCCUAGUCAAGGACCGUGUUGUAAUAGUGAAUGCAGAUUUAUAUCGUCGUUCCAAAGAGAAAUCUGCAAAAUGGAGUCAGACUGCUCGACGUCCUCUAAAUGCAAUGGUACAAGUGCAGAAUGUCCCGUUCCAACUCCAAGGCCAGAUAAAACUAGAUGUAACAACGGCACUCAAUUGUGCAUUAAAGGAGAAUGUUCUGGAUCUAUUUGCUUAGAGUGGAACCUACAGGCAUGUUCAAUAACGACCCAAGAUCACCCGAACAUCGACAAACGGAAACUUUGUGAGUUGGCUUGUCAAAACGGCACGGAUAUUUGUAGGAGUACCAGCGAAUUUGCGGACAAAGUCGGUUUACCUCCAGGAGGAAUCAGUUUGCGGCCUGGAUCACCUUGCGAUAAUUUCCAGGGAUAUUGCGACGUAUUUCUAAAAUGCCGCGCCGUAGACGCAGACGGCCCCUUGGUACGACUGAUGAACCUGCUCCUAAACAGGCAGACCUUGAUAACAGUAGCACAGUGGAUCACCGAAUUCUGGUGGGCAGUUCUACUGAUGGGCAUCGCUUUCAUCAUUUUCAUGGGACUGUUUAUUAAGUGCUGUGCAGUGCACACGCCUUCUUCAAAUCCAAAGAAGCCUCCUGCGCGAAGAAUCAGCGAAACGCUCAGAAGGCCGAUGAACACGCUCAGGAGAAUGAGGCAUCCUCACGGACAGGCCCCACAUGCUCCAGGCACGGCCCAUGGUCCUUCUGGUAGAAGCAGACGCGACCCCACAGGUCGACCGUCUGCUAGUCAAGGGCCCCGCGCUGGUUACGGUGAGGGCCGGGGUCAUUACCAUGCCCCCAAAGGUAAGAAAGCCUAUUCCCCACUAGCGACUGCGCCGCCCGUAGGGUACGCCUCUCCGCACCAGCCGCAUCCCGAACUGUACGCGGGCGCGUACGAGAUGCGCAACAAGGUGUGACAGCAGGCCCCCGCGAUGUCGCCAUUGGUCGGCCAGCAGCGCAGUUCCCCGCCUCCUGAGUACCCGGGCACGCCAUCGGCGGUGAAUGUGACAGUGCCGGCAGAAGGGGAUAAGCAAGUCAGCAACUCAACCGGCUCAACUUAAGACGAUGACUGUGUUUUUAUUGACUUUUUUAUAAUAUGUAGCGGCUUGGGAUUGGGAAUGGAUUGAGUGGCGUGUAGGUGAAAGUAUUGAAGUCUCUUAUUAGUACUUUAUAACCCUAAGAGCUUAUAUAAUUAUCUUUCCAAGUGGCAGACUGGCAGGUUGCAUAAGUUGAGCUUGUACGUUGUGUCGUUUAUAACUCAACAACCAUCAGUCAUCAAAACACCAUAGUAUGCUACAUCAGUUUAUCUUGGAAGGAUCCAUCCAAAUAUGGAACAUUUUAGAAAAACUUUCAAAAUCUGUCAUAUGAUUGAGACCAAAUUUCCCAUAUUUUAACAUUCCAUAGCGUUUUAAUGAUUAUAAAAUACUGAUUGGACAAAAACGCGCAACUUUGACAGCCUGCCCAGAAGAUGUUUCAGGAUGACUCCCAGCCGCCAUCUUAAAAGGAUCACUUGUUAUUUUUAUAUUAAAGUAUAGUAUUCAGGUAUUCAUUUCAUCACCUCAAAUUUCAAUUUGCUAAUUUGACCCGUUCAAAAAAUAAAGAGAAAUGGGAGCUUUCUGAAAAGGACUGUAUCCAAAUUGUCAUUUUGAACCAAUAAAGAUACACGUUGAUUGAUAUUUAUGCAGUAAUAACUUAAAGCCCUCCGGCUCCCUGUUACGUGAAAAAUUGCAGUUGUUUAACAACCCUGUACGAAAAAUUCGUGCUAAAUAUCAGCAAUGGACCAGUAUAACUUUCUUCCAUGUGUUUCAUGUAAUAUGUAAACUCGAGGAAUGCUCAGCAUACAUUUUUGUAUUGAUAAUUUUGUUAUUUGUUCUCUUUCCCAAUCUGAUAAUCUCUCAUCAUAUCUCUCCGUAUAUACUAAUUCGAUGAUCUAGCAACAUAACGUAAAAAAUACGUAUACCUUCUAUUUCUAAUUAGACAACGUUUUUCGGAAUACAUUUUGGUUUCUUUCAGAAUUUCGGAGUUUCAGCCUCAUAUUUAAAGGAAUGUCAUAUGGUGCCUAAACAAAACCGGCACCUUGCUUAGCCGAGAGAAUUUACACAGUUUUAUAUUUCCAACGUGUAGAAUUAAAAUAGUGCUAAGAAAGUUGUUUAUCUCUUGAAUAGCUUGAAUUACGUUAAUUUUCACUUUUUCAUCAGGAAGACCGUGUAAUAUUCAGUAUUUUAUUUUUUAACUCAUUUGAAAAGAAAUAUAAAACUGACUACCAGAACUUUAAAAACAAGUUUUAAAUGUUUGUGGCUACUAUCUACGAGUUUGAAAAAAUCAUAUACAUUUGUCACUCAUAUCGAUAUCUUACCGCAAAGCCAGAUAAAAUAAAUGACGCAGCGCUUCUGGAUCUGUGCUGUAAUUUUUUGGACCUAUAACCCUUCAUUUAGAAUCGUAACAAAUUCAUCACCGUAAAAAAUUUAAAACCGAAGGUGGGUGCCCUUCAGUUCCAAAGCAUCCAAAUUCCCAAACUUGGAACAUGCGAAUUACCUACUGCGUUUCAAAUUUCGGGAUGAAUAGGGGGGGGGGGGGUUAGGUAAAGGGCAGGCCCUUGAGUCCCCCUUAUAUACGCCUCUGUGUUAAAUUUUAAAAAUGAAUUUCAGUGAACGUUGCAACUCGAUUACUUACCACGGUGGCGACGAAUUGGAAGCUUACGUCUGGAACGUGUUGCCAUUGUAGUUGGUCAGUAAUCCAGUUGCGAUUACUGGCAUCUAGUAAGAGACCUUUGAGUAUAACAUGAUCAGUUACUUUCAGAGCUGCCGAUUGAAGUAUGUCAGUGCAAUUUUUUACAUCUUGUAUUUUCACUUACACACACGAACAAUUCCUUCACGAACCAAAGCCAGGUGUUCGGCCAAUGUGCUCUGUGAUUGAAUAAAAAAAAUGUUGCACGGGAACUUUUUCGCAAGUACGUGUAAAUAAACUGAAUGGAAACGGGUGCAUUUUGACGUAGUCACCUAUUGCGUUUAGGAUCUUAAAACGUGGACUUCGGACGUUUGUGCAAAUGAUGGACACAGUGACAGGCGAUGUGCCGGAUUUGACAUUGUAGCUAUUUUUGAGUAUGUGUUAUUUCGUCUUCUUAAUUCCUAAAAGUAGAGCUCUCAUUUUUCAGAUUCGUACGGAACAAACUGCAGAUCUAUUUCCGAUUGGGGAUUUGACACAGCUAUAAUAUAAUUAUUUUUUGUUAUUGAUGUUAUUCCUAAAUUUAUUCGAAUAAAAAAUCUAGUACGUUUGCCAAAUGCUCAAGGAGUGGUUAAUAGUGCUAUAUCACUAAUAAUUUAGUGCCAUAACAGUGAAGAAACAAGUCAAUAGUCGCCACUUCAAUGCAAACGACUUAAUGAUAUUUAUGUCCAAAAUUAUUCAAGAAUUUAGAGGUACAACAUUUUGUGAGAAAAUAAGUUAAUCAACAUAAAUAACACGCCAGAUUGACACGGGACUUAGAUUGGCUUCAGACAAUCAGAUAAAAUCAACAUGACAUUAGUAAAAGUUUUCUAGUUUUCGAGAUAUUGCCACUUUUAGGUUUCUUUUCAAAAAAUCACUAAUUCUUGCUCCUUUUUUGUCUGUUAUGGCUAUUAAGAACUUCUAACUUGUGAGUUUUUUUCUCGCCUACCAUUAAUAGUUGGUUGAGACAACCAAGUAUUCAUUUUAUUGAAAACUACCCCGGCAUGCUGAAAAAAAUGUAAUACAUUUUGUCUCAUUGUGAAAACCUUUACUGUGAAAAAAAAAUGUACUAGACUGAAUCGGCAAAUGAUCUUAAAAACUAUCCUAUUUAGUGUUCUUUUAACAAUAGCAUAACAUUUGUAGGUUCUUUCUACUAAAAUUGAAUAAGUCCAAGUUUUGUCAUUGAAGUCGUAAGAGUCUGUUGUAUCCAAAUCACUAAGGAAUGAAAUGACUAAACAGCGAAAGAGCUAAAUAACACGUGUGUAGCACCAACACAAGGAGCGGUACUAAAUUAACCCCGCGUGCCCGGUGCGCAUGAACCAGCCCCGUUCUCGAGGUCACAUAAUGCUACCGACCGAACAAUGAAUGUGAAAGCGAGAUAACCAAUGACAUGUUUAGGUCGUUUCAUUACAGUGAUUUGGAUACAAAAGACGGCUCCACUUAUUUUUUAUUUGUAGUAUCUCGCAAGUAUUUCGACUUCAAUGACAAAAGGAUUUGUUCAAUUUUUAGUAGAAAGAACCUACAAAUGUUAUACUAUUUUUAAAAGAGCAUUAAAUAGGCUAGUUUUUAUGAUCAUUUGCCAAACCAGACUGGUACAUUUUUUUCACAGUAAUUAGUCAAACUUUAGUAAAGGUGAAACAAAAUGUAAUAUUUUUUUUAGCAUACCAUGCUAGUUUUCAAUCAAAUGAAUACUCGGCUUAACCAACUAUUAAUGGUAGCCCAGGAAAAAACUCAUAAGUUAGAAGUUCUUAAUAGCUAUAGCUGUUAUAACAGACAAAAAAGGAGCAAAAAGUAGUGAUUUUUUGAAAAAACCUAAAAGUGCCAAUAUCUCGAAAACUAAAAAACUUUUACUAAGGUCAUGUUGAUUUUAUCUGAUUGAUCUGAACCCAAUCUACCACCCAUGUCAUUUUGGCGUGUUAUUUCUAUGUACUUGUAUUUCAACAAAUAACAGCCCUAUAUAAGUUAUACAAAACAGGUCAUAGAUGAUUUAUUUGAAUGUACUAAUUCUGAAUCACGCUUAGCAUCGGACGAAUGAAAAUGGAUAUAUGUGGAUUUCUGAUACAUAGUUUCCAUUUCCAGAACAUAUAUUCGUACUUGCUGUGUUGCAGUAUUUGUGCAAGAAAGGAUUUUAUUUUCAAGUUAUGAUGUAUGACUUUAGAUAGUUUUGCUCAAAGUAAGAUUCUGAUUGUUAGUAGUCAUCAUAUUUGAUGGGUUUAAAAUGGGCCAUACUGGUGAACAUUGACCAGUUUCUCAAACAGAUUGGCACAAACGUCUCGGACCUACCACUUUUUUAUGUUUGAUGAGAUUUUGAGUAUAUAACAUGUUUUUAUGAAGUUGUAAGUUCAUUAGUUAGCUUCCUUCUGAAGAAAGGCUGAUUUAUAUUAUUCCUAAUUUCUUGGUAAUAUAAGUAGGUUUUUCUAAUUGUCCAGUUUACUGUUAUAUUCAAACUGAGAUUUGUCAUAUGGAUAAAACUACAUGAAUAAGAUUGAACAACUAAUUUUUAUGUUUUAUGCUGAACAGAAUUGAGAGAAUCAUUUUUUAUACGUUUCGUACCUUGAUAUUUAAUAUAAAAAAUUUGUCAGUUUUGUCAUUUGUUCCAAAAGUGUGUAUCUGCACAUUUAGGUUUAAUAUUGACAAAACAUUGCUUGGUUUUGGCUUUGAUUCAUCUGGUUGUUCCCACUAACUAUAUUCCUCAAAUACUUCAGGUUGAUGAUAUUUUUUGCAAGGUCUUCGGAUAUAUUCAACACCAUUGAAGUACUGUGUGAACAUUGUGAAGUACUGUAAAACUCAAGUUACGAAACUAAUUUUAAUUCUGCGCAACGCUCUUGUAUUGUAUACUUGCAUUUGUGUAAAAAGAUACAUGCUUGUAUUUUUUAUACAUGGAAAGUGUUUAAUGUUUAAGUUGACAAACAUAUUUACAUCUAGUUCAUGCUGCCACCCCCUGCACCAAAUAAUUAGAUUUACUCAUUCUUUGUUUUAUUUAUAGGAUAAUUCAUAAGAUAUAUGCGAUUUUAGUGACGGGCUAAUUUUUUUUAAGUCUGCCGCUUUUGAAAAAACUAUGAAAUUGAUAAGAUAUCGAAUCUUCAGAAAUUUGAUCAGGCUCAAAAAUCCCAUAUAUUGCGUGAGUGAUUCUUUACAGUACAUGAUAUUUUAUUAGUAGGUAACCCCAAUAUUUUGCAAGAUGUAAUCGAAUGAUGAUUUUUUACUCUUGCUAGUUGUUGUGCAUUUACUUCAUAGUUAUUUGAACGAUGUUUUGUCACGUUUUUACUGCCAGUACUUGGAAUUUUAUUGAGUGAUUGGAUUUAUACAUUGUGCUAUUUGUGAAUCAAGUCCGCAUUUCUGAAACGUUUUUAAUCUGUUCGAGUUUUUAGCGAUAUACUGCAUUGGAAGUAUUUGUUCAGUAAGUACUAUUACAUUUGUGGUCACUUGAAAUAGAUUUUUGCGACCUAGUUGCCAUGAAGAUAAUGUUACUACCGGCCGUUUCAUUGAGUAUGGAACAUGAAUUUGAAAUUACUUUUGGUGAAAAACGUUGGUACUCUGUCAUCCCUUUAUUUAACUUAAGUUUUAUAUGUACAGCUGUGGAUCUACAUGUAAAAACGUCUUAUUUUGUACAUCGUUUUUAUACUGCAAUUAGCUAAAAGAACGGUCAUACGACUACUUUGGAAAAUUGACAAAACACCUUAUCUCCUUUAUCUCCCAAAAACUGAUCGUUUGUCUAUUCAUUCUAAUUUCCAUAAUUUGUCUCUCAGAUGUCGUCGGUUUGUGCCGAUGCUCAUGCUCAAAACGUGACGUCAUUUGCAAAACUACGCUCGAUUCACGACAUGAUCCCAGUAUGAUACAAUGGGCAGAAAGAUUUAAUUGUAUCACGUGAGACGCAUUUUGUGUUUAACUCGCGAUGAAGUAGUUGGCGGUAACAAUAAUUUUAUGCAAGCCUAGAUUACCCAUUCUUGUAUUUUCUGCCAAUUUGUAAAAUAAAUCAAGAAAGUGUGUAAGUAUAUAAACAUCACACAACAGAUUGUGGAAAGAUCUCAUUUCAAUAA